AUGGUAGUGGACGAGCUGGGCAUUGAGAUGACUGGAAUGGAUACGUUGAAGCGGAAAAGCAAGACCCUCCAGAAGUCGUCCGUCCCUGGGGUGAGCAUCCGGCAGGUGGUGGAGGAGCUUCCUGAAGGCUGCAGCACCCCGGACUUUAAGCAGAAGCCGAUCCCCUUGGCGCUUCAGGAGGGGAGAAAUGCCAUCUUUCGGGCGGUGGUCUGUGGGGAGCCUCGACCUGAGGUGCACUGGCAGCGAACCAAAGGUGACCUCAGUGACCCCAGCAAAUACAAGAUCUCUUCCCCCACUGGCAGCAAGGAGCACGUGCUGCAGAUCGACAAGCUGACGGGCGAGGACACAGACCUGUACCGCUGCACAGCAGUGAACAUGUACGGAGAGGCCACGUGCUCCGUGAGGCUCACAGUCAUUGAAGUUGGCUUUCGGAAGAGUCGCAAGAGGCACAAGGAACCGCCACAGGACCUCAGAAAGGAGCUGAUGGACUUCCGGAAGAUGCUGAAGAAGAGGGCCCCGCCGGCAGCCCCCGAGGAAAAGAUGGACCCCAAGCAGGUGUGGCAGCUGCUGAUGACCGCGGACCGGAAGGACUACGAGCAGAUCUGCAGGAAGUACGGCAUCGUGGACUUCCGGGGCAUGCUGCGCAAGCUGCAGGCGAUGCAGAAGGAGCGCGAGGACAGGAUGGCGCAGUAUGUCCACACCAUCUCCAACUUGAGACACAUCAGGGUCACCAAGGAGGGGGUCGCGGUGUUUGACCUGGAGCUGGAGCUCAAGGAUCCAGCGAGCAAAGUUUACUUGUACAAGGACGGCGAGAUGACCCCCUUGGGCUUCGACAACCAGACCAAGCAUUGCCUGCGGAGGCUGGGGAAGCGCUACCACUUCCAGAUCCAGGACCUGUGGCCUGAGGAUGCUGGCGUGUACCAAGUCCGAGUGGAGGAUGCCGAAGUCUUCUCCACUGAGCUGGAGGCCAGCGCCGUCCCACCCAGAGUGGUGGCCCCAUUGGCCGGGGCUCACUGUGAGCAGGAGGCCGAUGCCAUGUUCGAGUGCACUCUGUCCAGCCCCUGCCCCGGCGCCACCUGGCAGUUCCAGCAGCGGCUGCUCCGGCCCAGUGACAGAUACGAGGUGUCCGUGUCCCCCGACGGGCUGACCCACCGGCUGGUGGUGAAGGGGGCACAGUUAUCAGACAUGGGCCUCUACUCGCUGGGCACCGGGCUGCACACCUCGAGCGCCUGGCUGCUGGUUGAAGCUGGGAAGGAGCAGAGCCAUGUGACUGCCAGUGCUGACUACAAGCUUCAGGUCAGGCCAGGUGGCCCAGUGGGAAGCGCUGGCAUCCACGGCUGCCAGAGCGAUGCCACCCACAGCUGCAGAAGUGGGCAGGAGCAGCCGGGCACUGGCAACUUCUCCGAGGAGACCCAAGGCCCCACGAGCCACUUCUCCCAGGGCUUGACUGACAACAAAGUCCAGCAAGCGGAGGCCACCAUGCUGUCCAGCACCCUCACCAGCGACCUGGGCCCUGGCGCCUGGCUUAAGGAUGGUGUCAAGCUCACUGCCCAGGACGGAGGAACCUUUCAGCGGCAAGGUCUCGUGCACGGACUCCUCCUCCCAAGUGUGCAGGCGGCCCAGGCGGGGAGACACCCCUUUGUCGCCGGCAACCAGCAGAGUGAGGGCGCCCUCAGCACCCAGAACGCCCCCACCAUCGCCCCGAAUGUGGCCGAGCAGCCGAGGGAGCCACUGGAGGUCAAGGCUGGGAGGCCAGUGAGAGUGAAGGUUCCCUUCGAGAGCCGCCUCCCCGCCCAAGUGUCCUGGAGGAAGGACAGGGCUGAAGUGCCAGACGGUGGUGGCCGGGGGACCCAGGUGGCCCUGGGGGAUGGCUGCACCCGGCUGUGCCUCCCCAGUGCCAGCAGGGUGGACCGUGGCCAGUACAGCAAGACGCUGAGGAGCGCCAGAGGCUCCGCGGAGGCCCAGCUCACCCUGCAAGUCACAGACAAGCCCCAGCCCUCACAGGGACCCCUGGAGGUGCAGCAUGGCCACGGGGCCCGGGUCCACCUCCGCUGGCAGGCGCCCCGGGAUGACGGGGGCCGUGCCGUGCAGCACUAUGUGGUGGAGAGGCGGCAGGCUGGUAGGAGCACAUGGCUGAAGGUGGGCGAGGCCCCUGCAGACAGCCCGACCUUCACCGACGCCCAGGUGGAACAGGGCCGGAAGUAUGUCUUCCGGGUGCGAGCUGUGACCUCCGAGGGCGCUGGGCAGACCCUGCAGUCUGAGGAGGUGCUGGUGGCUCCUGAGGCUCUCACCAAGCCCCCUGCCGCCCCUGCCAUCCUGUCAGCCUCCAGCCAGGGCAACACAAUGACGUGGGCGGCACCUCGGGGCCCCGGCAGUGCCCACGUCCUGGGCUACCUGAUUGAGAAGCGCAAGAAGGGGAGCAGCAUCUCGACAGCGGCUGAUGCCCAGCCCGUGCCUGAGAAGAGGUGGACGGUGGCGGACCUGCAGCAGGGCUGUCAGUAUGAGUUCCCGGUCACAGCCAUGUCUCCCUCGGGCCCCGGGGAGCCUGGGCCUUCGUCGGAUGCUGUCUUUGCUUGGGACCCCAGGAGGCUUCCUGGGCCCGUUCGGGAUCUCCGGGUGACAGACACAUCACACGCCAGCAUCACUCUGAGCUGGGAGCAGCCAGACCCCAAGAGUUGGGACGAAGCCAUGGGCUACGUGGUACAGUUGCGUGGCUCAGACAGGCCCCAGUGGCGGGCAUGCCACGGGGGCACUGUGGCUGCCACCACCUACACAGCCAAGGGGCUUCGGCCCCGAGAGAACUACUUUGUGCACGUGGCAGCCGUGAAUGAUGGUGGGUGUGGCCAUCCCACUGCCCUGGACACGCUGAUACAAGCCAGGCCUGUUUCAGUCUGUCCCAAGUUCCUCACGGACUCCAGCACCAAGGACGCGCUGACAGUCAGGGCCGGGGACCUGGUCCGUGUGCCCGUGCCCUUUGAGGCUGCCCCCCUGCCCGAGGUGACCUGGCUGAAGGACGGCUUGCCUUUGCCCCAAAGAAGUGUGACCACCACCAUGGACAGCCUCACCCAGCUUCUGAUUCCGGUGGCCAGCCCCGCAGACGGCGGCCUCUACACUGUCCUGCUGCGGAACCCGCAGGCCAAGGAGGCCACCUACAACUUCCACGUUAGGGUGGCAGCAACUCCUCAAGCCCCAGGCCCCAUCUGCCUGCGGGAGAACGUUCCGGGGACAGUGACUGCUGAGUGGGGGCCCUCCCUGGAUGAGGACGGGUCAGACGGCACCCCGCUGCACUACACAGUGUUCACACGCUCCUCUGCACACGGCUCCUGGCGGGAGGUGGCUGACCGAGUCCACACCAACCGCUUCACGCUCCUGGGUGUCCUCCCAGGCCACGAGUACCACUUCCGGGUGGUGGCCAAGAACGAGCUGGGAGCCAGCCCACCCUCAGACACCAGCCAGCCCUGGUACAUCCCCCGGCAGCAGCGAGACAGGUUCGCGGUAAGGACGCCGAGCUACCGGGAGCCCGAGCUGCGGCAGAAGCCCGGGUUCCUGGUGGGGCUGCGCGCGCACCUGCUGCCACAGGGCUGCGAGUGCAGCAUGACCUGCGCGGUGCGGGGCGCGCCGCGGCCUCGGGUCACCUGGUUCAAGGACGGGCAGAGCCUGGAGGGCGACCCCGCCGUCCACAGCGCCGACGUGCUGGGCGUGUGCUCCCUGGUCAUCCCCCGCGUGACCCUGAAGGACAGCGGCCAGUACAAGGCCGUGGCCGAGAAUAUGCUGGGCCAGGCAGUCAGCACGGCCACCCUCAUCGUCACGGAAUCCAGCUCCUAG